CCAGUUGUUACGCCACCUAUCGGGACUUAUUAAUAGGUAUGCUGGUCUUAACAGGGCAUGGAAGAUACCACGGGCUUACGGCCAAUCUUUCCGACUUCACCUGCUUCGACUUCCUUCAGUACAUAAACCCCGACCUCUUCAAUAUCCAACAAAAAGGCUGCACUCCCUGGUAUUCAUUGCCAUCAAGCCACUUCAAGCAACAUGAACGAACCCAUCGAGAUUCUUGGCCAACAGCCAGGUCUGAAGAUCUACACCCAGAUAGCGGUCUGCUUUUCUGUCAAAGAUGAUCAAUUAUACGCAAACAUCACCGAAACUCUGUCGAGCGGUCUCAAGCGGCUGACUGCGAGUUUUCCCUGGAUUGCAGGGCAGAUCAUCAACGAGGGCGCGCGCGAAGGUAACACAGGCAUCUUCAAGAUCGCACCACACGAAGCGACCCCGCCCUUGAUUGUCAAGGAUUUGAGAGAAGACCCAUCAAUUUCGUCGAUGAAAGACAUGAAGACUUCAAACUUCCCCUUUAGCAUGCUGGACGAAAGUAUCAUCUGUCCUCGCCCGACUCUUCCCAUCGAUCCGAAUCUGGUAGGGAGGCCUGAGCCGGUCUUCAUCACCCAAGCCACCUUGAUCAAAGGCGGGCUCAUUCUCGCGUUCCUCGGCCAUCAUCAGGUACUCGAUGGCACCGGGCAAGGCCAACUCAUCAAACUCUUGUCCAAGGCGUGUGAGGGUGAAGAAUUCACUGGGGAGGAAGUGGCAACUGGAAACCUGACACGUCAUAACAUCAUUCCCCUCCUCAAAGACUACAAGGGCGGACCGGAGACUGCUGCGAUGAUCAUCAAGCCCUCAACAACGCCAGCCACGGCACCUGCCACAUGCAGCUGGGCCUAUUUUGACUUUUCGGCAGCGUCUCUGUCAGCCCUGAAAUCGUUGGCUUCAAAGACGGUCAAGUCGGGUUUCAUCUCGACAGACGAUGCCGUCACCGCUUUCGUGUGGCAGUCAAUCAGUCGUAUUCGUACGAACCGCCUAGCUCACGACGCGGAAACUAAGCUCGCCCGAGCUAUCAAUGUGCGGGGAUACAUGGGAAUCCCUCAAACUUUCCCAGCUCUCAUCCAAAGCAUGACGAACAACUCCGUGGCGAUCAAAACCCUCGUCGAAAGACCACUAGGGGAAGCGGCAUCUCAACUCCGAUCAACUGUGGAUCCUUCGGUCUUGGGCUAUGGAGUGCGAGCUUUGGCGACACUCAUGAACCAAGCAACCGACAAGAGUGUCUUCUCAUUUACCGGCACCCUUCGUCUUGAUAGAGAUUUAGCCUUUAGUUCCUGGGCGAAACUCGAUCUAUAUGAGCACGACUUUGGAUUGGGAUUGGGCAAGCCUGAGUCGGUCCGGAGACCGCAGUUCACACCUGUGGAAAGCCUUGGUUACCUACUUCCCAAGGCACCGGAUGGCAGCAUCGCACUUGCAAUAUGUCUAAGGGACGAGGACAUGGAGGGAUUGAAGAAGGACGAAGUAUGGUUGAAGUAUUCAAAGUACAUAGGAGAGUAAUUGACAGGCAGUCUAGGCCCUUUAAUGAAUAUUAUCAUGUUCUUGACGCA